AUGUCCACGCCCUCCACGGCCACUGCAACCCAUCCUACUCACCAACAUUACGGGUAUCCCCAUUCCUCCUACCAGGCGACGACCUCCUACCCAGCCCCGACCACCGCUGCCGGGGCUCGUCUUCCGAACCCCUACGCUUACUCCGUGCCCUCGCCUACGACGACCACCCUGCCCUACGCUCAACCGGCGCGAGUCCCUCCUGCGACCUCGACCUCCUCCGCCAUGGUCUCGCACCACAGCGGCUCCAGUGCCGCCCCUUCGCACACUUCCCGGCGCAAGAAGAAUCCCGAUUGGGGCGAGUUCUAUAAGAAUGGUAUUCCCAAGGAGGUCAUCGUCAUCGACGAUAGCCCGGGUCCCGAUGGCUCCAAGGCCGCGCCGCCGAUGCCUCCUCACGGCGCCGCCGCCCCUGUUCCCCAGCCCGCCGGCAAGCGACGACGCACCGGAAUCGAUACCGCCUACGACAUGAACUACGUCGACCGACCCGCCUUCUCCAUUAACCCCCAGCAGUACGGAGAGAACAACUCUUCUCACUCGCUGUCCACAGACAGAACUACUUCUCUUCACACCACCGCGCCCACCUCCCUCGGCUCACAGGGCAGCUCCAACGGCUCCAACGGCAUCCUCUACGAAGAUCCCACCAUCGGCCAAAAACGCAAGCGGACCACCCGGAAAUCCGCGCGCGACGAACAGAAACGCAGAGAGUUGGAGACUGCCAGUGAUGCCUUUCUCUCCUACGUUCCGCCGCCCAAGCCGAUCAUCAAGGCCAAGGACGUGCCGGUUCCGGUAGUUCGUGAUUAUGCGGCCGCGCGCCAUGAGAAGUUUGACGACGAUGAUGGACAUUAUAUAGUCACGCCCGAUGUGCCAUUAACCGAUCGAUACUCGAUCAUCAAACUCCUGGGUCAGGGGACCUUUGGCAAGGUGGUCGAGGCGUACGAUAAGCAGCGGAAAUCGCGCUGUGCGGUGAAGAUUAUUCGAUCGAUCCAAAAAUACCGAGAUGCCUCCCGGAUCGAACUACGGGUAUUAUCCACCUUGUCGUCCAACGACAAGAGCAACAGGAAUAAAUGCAUCCAUCUCCGCGACUGCUUCGAUUUCCGCAACCAUAUUUGCAUCGUCACCGAUCUCCUCGGACAGAGUGUCUUUGAUUUCCUCAAGGGCAAUGGCUUCGUCCCAUUCCCCAGCAGUCAGAUCCAGCAAUUUGCCCGCCAACUAUUCACCAGCGUUGCCUUUCUACACGACCUUAACCUUAUCCAUACCGACCUUAAACCCGAAAACAUCCUCCUUGUCAGCAACGCCUACCAGACCUUCACAUACAACCGCACCAUCCCUUCCUCCUCUCAUGCAAACCCCCGCAACGCUCGUCAACGGCGAGUUCUCCUUGACAGCGAGAUCCGCCUAAUCGAUUUCGGUUCUGCGACCUUCGACGACGAAUACCAUUCCUCUGUCGUAUCCACUCGCCAUUAUCGAGCUCCGGAGAUUAUCCUCAAUUUGGGGUGGAGUUUCCCCUGUGACAUUUGGAGUAUUGGGUGUAUUCUGGUGGAGUUUUUUACUGGUGAUGCUCUCUUCCAGACCCACGACAACCUGGAACACCUGGCCAUGAUGGAGGCCGUGAUUGGCACGAAGAUCGACUCCAGGCUGGUGCGACAGGUGGUGCAGGGCCGGGCUGGCAGCCACAACUCGGCAGCCAAGUAUUUCAAUCGCAGCAAAUUGGACUAUCCGAACAACGAGACAACUCGUGCUUCGAGGAAGUACGUGAAGGCCAUGAAAGCCCUCUCCGACUUUAUCCCGAUCAACACGCCUUUCAACCGCCAGUUUCUUGACCUACUCCAGCGCAUCUUCGUUUAUGACCCCAAGAACCGCAUCUCGGCCAAGGAGGCCCUGAAGCACCCAUGGUUCAAGGAGAGCUUGAUUGACGAUGGCACGGAAGCAUACCGUAUCGGAAUGGGCCUGCACCGCUCGGUCCCUCGCUAG